AUGGGUCAAAUGUCAGCGGUCGCCUCUGUCCGCGCUGAAUGGCGUGCUAUUGUCAUCUGCCUGUUCAUUACAAUUGCAGCCUUCCAAUUUGGAUUUGACUCUUCCUAUUACUCGGGUAUUCUGGCUAUGGAACCUUUCAUCAAGGCCUAUGGUCACUAUGACACCGCGACGGGCGGCUAUAUCCUGAGCUCGAGUAUACAAUCCCUGACGACUAGCAUCAUCAAUGCUGGCGAGUUUGUGGGCGCUAUUUCGUCCUUCUUGGUCGAUAACAAAUUUGGUCGUCGGGGAGGACUGUUCGUGUCAAGCGCCUUCGUGGUCAUCGGCACGAUUUUCCAGGUCGCUGCUGAUAACCUGGGAUUACUGAUUACUGGAAGACUUCUCCUCGGCUACGCGGUGGGACUGAUUUCUUGUCUGGUACCUCUGUACGUCGCGGACUGUGCCCCAGCCCGAUUCCGCGGUGCCCUCGUCUCUCUCUAUCAAUUCAAUAUCGGACUCGGAUUAUUGCUCGGAGUGAUCGUGGAUAACUCCACCAAACACCGAAAUGACAGCGGGUCAUACCGCAUUCCAAUGGCAGUGCAGCUUAUCUUCCCGAUCAUUUUGGUUCCAGGUCUACUCACUUUCGCACCAGAGUCCCCUCGCUGGCUAUUGUCCCGAGGAAAGAUUGAGCAAGCAAGGGAAUCUCUUCUACGGCUGCGGGGUGAUCGUCCGGACCUUAUUGAAAGUGAGAUGACGUACUUGACCGGGCUUGUUGAAGAAGAGCGACGUGUCGAGGGCUCCUGGGGAGAUUUGCUGAAGUGGAAUGUCGACGGCCGCAAAGCCUAUCUUGGAAUCGCGCUUCAAGCAUGGCAACAAGGCUCUGGCAUCAACUUCAUCACCAGCUACGGCAUCGUCUUCUUCAGCACUAUCGGAAUAACAAACUCAUUCCUCAUCCAGAUCGGUCUCUACCUAGUCGCAAUGCCAGCCGUCUGGCUCAAUCAAUACUGCGUGGAGCGCUUUGGCCGUCGCCUAAUGCUACUCUUAUCAUGCGGUAUGGUUGCUACCGUGUUGCUGAUCGUCGGAGGCGCUGGAACCGCGCCCAGCAAGACAUUAGCCCUGGAUCGAACCAUCGUGGGCAUGGUUUACAUCUUCAUGGUGGUAUUUAAUCUUGCCUUGGGACCUGCUGUCUGGGUUGUUACUUCGGAGAUUUCCACCGGCCCGAACCGUGGCAAAUUGAUGGCGACGUCGACUGCGACAAACUGGUUUUGCAGCUGGAUGGUCACGUUCACUUUCCCGUACUUGUUCAAUGCGGAUGCUGCUGGGCUUAGUGCGCAAGUUGGGUUUAUUUAUGGUUCCCUGAUGGUUGCAGCGACUGUUUGGGUGUUUUUCUUUCUCCCGGAAACAUCUGGUCAGGCCCUCGAAGAGAUUCAGAUUCUUUUUCAAAAGGGUGUGCCAGCUCGCGAGUUCAAGUCUUAUCAAAUCGACUCACCAGCACCAACUAUUUUGGAAGAAAAGGAAACGGCCUAUGUCACCGAAGUAGAUCAUGUGUAG